AUGGAGACAGGAUCCUUAAAUGAAUUGCUGGAUGAUUUGAUUGAGAAACAUGGAGGGUUUGGACGGUUUCAGCUGUUCAUCAUGGUUGUAGUUCUGGGAGGGAUGUCAGCAGUUACUUUCAGUAUGAUGAUGAUGACAUUCGCUGGAUUCACUCCGGAUUGGAGUUGUGUCAUAGAAAACGAUUUUGUUCAGAAUGUUGUCCCUACGAGUACAGUGAAACAAUGCUACCCUGCCGUCGACAAUAUUACAACAACAACAUGUGAGAUGUUCAAUUUUAGCUCAAGUAUGAAGACAGUUGUAAGCCAGUGGGACUUGGUCUGUGACAGAGCAUGGAUACCGUCUACCAUAACUACUAUACAAAUGUCGGGUGUACUACUUGGAGGACUAUUCACUGGACAUUUGGCGGAUAAGAUUGGACGUAAACCGACUUUCUUCCUUUCCUUGUUGUCAAUGCCGGAGAGUUUUCGCUGGCUUGUUAUAAACCACAAAAAGGAAGCAGCAUUAAAAGUUAUACAGCAAAUGGCGAAUUUCAAUAGGAAACCUAUACAAAAUACUAAAGAGCUGGAAGUCUUGAUGGAGGCGAGCGUUCAGGAGCUGACCACUCAAAAGACGUACAGCAUACGUGAUUUGUUUGUUUCAGCUAAACUUACAAAAAUGACAUGUCUACAAGUAUGGGCAUGGCUGGCGUGUGGUUAUGGUUAUUAUGGUGUAUCGUUUGAGGUCAAGGGUUUGACCGGAAACGUUUACCUUAAUAUGGCUCUUCUGAGCAUAGCGGAGAUUCCUGCCGUGAUGACGUUAUACUUUUUCACCAACAGACUUGGAAGGAAGUGGACGUCAUUGCUGUUUUGUGGCAUAGGGACAUUUAGUGCAGUCAUUAUGGCUGCCAUUGAGUUAACUGAUUUACAAAGCAAAGUCUAUCGAACAGUUUUUCCGAUUAUUUCUAAAGUUGCAGUCUCACUUACAUGGCUUGCCAUCAAACUUUUAGCGAUAGAACUGUUUCCAACAGUGAUAAGAUCGGUUAGCAGUGGGUUAUUUAAUGCUGUGGCAAGGGUGGGCUCUAUGGUUGCUCCUCAGUUUGUGUACCUGGUACCCGCAAUCUACAAAUUUUCAUGUGCACCAACUGAAUCAUAUGACAAAGAUUUAAAAACAGAAAAUCCAUGA